AGGACCCUGGUGAAUGGCUCCAGGUGGGUCCCCAUCCCCAGCGAGCCUCCUCAGUCUCCGAGAGGCUCCCGCACCAGUGGCCAUGCCGGACGGGAGCCCCUAGAACAGGAGGAGAAGCCCGAAGCCAAUGGCACCCUGCCACCCAGCAUCUUUGGGCCGAAGAAGAAAUUCCGACCCGUUGUCCAGAGACCCGCACCAAAGGACACGUCCCUGCACAGCGCCCUGAUGGAGGCCAUCCACUCAGCGGGCGGGAAGGACAGGCUUCGCAAGAUUGCAGAGCACGCGUCGGAGGCAGGGCCCAGGAAGCCGUCCUGCAGGGAGGCAGAGGGCGAGCGCUCGGCCCUGCUGGCGGCCAUCCGAGGGCACAGCGGUGCCCGCAGCCUGCGGAAGGUGUCCUCCUUCGCCUCCGAAGAGCUUCGAAGCUUCCGAGACGCAGCGCUGUUGGAACGCAGGCCGGAGCCGCCAGGCCUGGAUGACCUUGGCGUUCGGCCCCCGCCCGCCCUGCCGCCCCCGCCCCCUCCGGCCCCCCAGGCUCCCUCCAUGUCCAGGCCGGCGUCCAGGUCCAGCUCGGGCAACCCGGCCGAGGCCAGGCAGGCCUUGAUGGACGCCAUCCGCUCGGGCACAGGGGCCGCACGACUGCGAAAGGUGACCAUGGGUGACCCUGUGAGCGUUCGGGUGGGGCAAGGGGGAGGUCACCACGGAGCCCCACGGCAGUAACACGGCAGCAGUGACCGAUGGCUGAGGCCCCGUCCCUUACCCCCUCGACCAGAGGGAGGGAGAUGGCCUUCACCGCAUGGGGGUCAGCCCUCAGACAUGCUCCCCGGGGAUACGGGGUUCCCCAUCCUUGGGGAGGGC